GCCGCAUGUUAAUAAUUUCCAAAAAAAAGAAAAUUUUCCUUUUCUUUUACCCUUUUUCUUAAACGUUAACAAAUAUUUAAUGUAAAUAAUCGAAAAAAUGUCCAAAAAGGCUUAAUUUUUUGAAUACCCUUCACGAAAAAUGAUUUUUUGGCUCUCUACAGUUUUGUCACAAUAUCACAAAACUUCAGGGUGGUUUGAAUUUGUCUGUGUGUUGUGUAAAUAAACUAAAAGAGAUCCUCAAAGAAUUUCCGGAAAAUCUAUUGAAUUUCACAAAAAUAGUGGAAAGAAAUGGAUGAAUCCAAUAAGUUGAAUGUACAUAAAACAAAGAGGUCUAAAAAUGAAAUCGUAAGAACUUCAAUUGGUACCUAUUUGAAGCAGAGGAACUACACUUUUGAUGAUAGAUACCGCAAAGGUCGCACCUACACACAAAGUACGAAUCAAUUGCAGAUCUCUGGGAAUGUGGAGCAGGAGAUAUUUCGUGGGAAUGCCUUCCUCUUUUCCAAUGUUUUCUGCAUCAACUCAUCCGCUCAGGUGGAUCAGCAAUUCUCAAAAAUUUCCCUCUUCAUUCAAUCACUCAGUGGGAGUAUACGGAAUGAGCUGAAAAAUCUUCUGCCACCACUUCUGUGUCAUCUGUACAUUGAGAUGCUAAAGGGGAGAGAUUGGAAGCCAGCGACGGAUUUUCUGAAGAAAAAUGCCGUAAUUCUGGGCUCAAUUGAGCCAUCCGACGGUAAUCGGGUUAAUGGGGGGAAUGGGCAGGAAGAUAGUUUACUCAAUCAACUCACGGAUAAUCAUCAAAAUAAGAUUGUUUUUGUGAAGGACACCGAAGAGGUGUGUGGGUAUGACUAUAAAACACGAAACAUGUUCCGGAAUCUCAUUGAGACCCUCUCAGUGGUCACGAGUAAGCAUGAUAUUCAAACGGAACCCCUUGUAGCGAGAUUCCGGUCCACAAAGUACCGAAUUGCCCUUUCAAUCCAAGCUCUGUAUGCCCUGAAGCGGUAUCUCUCAAAGUAUGGGCAUGUACUUAUCCUUCAGACACUCCAAGUAUGGUUCCACAUUGAUAUGCAACGAAAGGAGCUGCCCAUGAAUGUCAUUGCCAAUGAGGAGUUCGAAUCAGAUGAAGAGGGUGCGACGACAAAAUCGGGAAUUGUUAAUGGAUGUGAAGACAUGGAGUCAUCACACAGUUGUACAAGAGAUGGACACCAGUCAGCAUCAAUGGGUGAAAAUGCCCCAAAAGGUGGCAGUGAGAUGAACACAAGACUGGAGAAUAUUCGAAAAUGUGAGAAGAAUCUGCAAAAAUAUCAAUUACCCGUGAAAAUCAUUGGGAUUCGUGAAAACUCCAAGAGAUUAGUUUGUGCAUCGCUGGACGCUGGAGGAUGUCACGUGGCUAGUAGCUCGUAUGAUUCCGAAAUUGCCCUGUGGUCGAUGCACAGUAGCAAUUUUGGUGGAAGACGCCCCUGGAGGAUGUUCAGUGAGCGUCAAUGCGAGUGGAAUCUUGCAAAAGUUGAUGACGAUGUGGUGGAGGGAGAUAAUAAUGAUACAGAAAUCAGCAGAUUGAUGCAUUUGCGUGAAAAUCCCACAAAUAGGGUACAAAACACACCACUUACGUAUCUACGAGGACACAUGAGACCUAUUACGGAUGUUCUCUUCUCCCAGUGGAAUCCCCUCUUGCUUAGUGUGUCACGAGAUUGCACAAUGAGAGCGUGGAAGGCAUCCGAUUACACAUGCGGUGGCAUCUACCGGGGGCACAACUACCCCAUUUGGUGUGUAGCUGAAAGUUCAAAUGGCCUUCUCCUGGCCACGGGAUCCAAAGACACCACAGCACGACUCUGGGCAACAGAUCGUGAGCAUCCACUUCAGGUGUAUGCUGGGCACACGCAGGAUAUUGAUGUGAUUGCCUUUCAUCCCAAUGGCAAUUACCUGGCAACGGGAUCAUCUGACCUGACUGUUCGGCUAUGGUGUGUAACGAGUGGGAAACUUUUGCGGGUUUUUACGGAGUGCAAACUUCCACUCCUUAGCAUUGCUUUUAGCCCCAAUGGUAAAUUCUUGGCAGCAGCUGGAGAGGAACCAACCAUACGGAUUUUCGAUUUGGCCGCUGGUAUGCAACUAAUGGAAUUCCAAACGGGCUGUGAUGCCACAACAACGACCAAGAGUAUUGCAUGGAGUUCAGAUAGUCGGAAAGUAGCUGCAGCCCUAUCCAAUGGGGGAAUACGUAUUUGGGAUACAACAAAUCACGGCCGGAGUCAGGGGGGUGGUGCAACGUCUGAAGGUACUUCUUCCCAUCAUGGUUCAAAUGUUGUCAUGUCCUACGCCACUGGGUGCCAUCGUUUGUUACGCAUCCAAACUAAUUCCAACAAUACAUUUACUUGCAUUGGGAAUCACUAAAAAAUGAUUCUCUGUAGGUGUGGUGAAAGAUUAUCAAUAAAGAAAUAAUAAAAAAAAAUUAUUGGACUGUUUUAAAUGUUCUUUUUGGUCACUUCCUUUCCUUCUUCCCUUCUGCCGCUGAGGUGAGACACAUGUUAUGAAGGAGAAGUUUAACAUCACGCAUGGAAAAGACUUCAAAACAUCCCAUUUGCUGGUUUUUCUUUAGAUUGAAAAAUAAAAUUUGUUUUCUUUAAAUUUAUUAAGACAUAUCGAUUAAAAUACAUUUAUUUAUAUCAUUUUCAUCUUUCAUCUUGCCCACUAGUACGAUUUAAAAAAAAAUCAAGGUCAUAUAAAAAUAAUAUUAUAUUAAAAAAUAUUGUGGUGAAAACAUAAUUUUAAAUAACUAUUGUUUUGAGUUUUGUCGAUUUUUUUUCUUAAAUUUUUUUCCCUUAAGUUGGCUACCAUUAUUUUAUGUAUAUAUAACAAAAUACCUUAACAUAUAAUAUUUUCUUCAUUUUUCUUUUUAAAUAUUACAUCAUUUUUUAUUACUUUCAAUAUAAUAAAAUUAAUUUAAAAAAAAUAAAGAAAGAUGUUGGUAUCAAAGUAUUAUAAUAUUAAAAAAAAAUGAAAAUAAAAAUUAUUUCGUUGUUGCGUUUACGGAAGAAAAGUAAAUCUUACAAAAAUCGUCGUGAAAAACUCUUCUUCCACAUGGCAUUGUUUCAUUUAUUAAAUUCUUAAAAUUCCUUUUUACAAAAUUCUCUUUGGAUUCCUAGCUUUCUCCAUUCUUUUGGUAAUUUAAAAAAAAAUUACCAAACUCUCUGGCACAACAAAUUUGCACAAAAUUAAAAUGAAAAAAAAAAUCAUCAAAUAAUAAAAAGUCUUACGAAAUAAAGAGUUUGUUUUGGUAGGUAAGGUAGGUAUGUUAAAAGAAGAAUUAUUAAAUGUAUUUUGUUAUUUCCAAGUAAAAAUCUUUAUAGAAUAAUUAAUCGUAGAAUAUUUCUCAAUCGUUGUUUUAGAAACCUUAAUAUUCAUCCAUUUCUUUUUUUUUUAAUCAUUAUAUUGAGACCUUUUUUAUCAAUAUAAUAUUUUUUUUUAUUCUUUGUGACUUUUCGUUUAUUUUUUGGUGUUCUUUCUUCUUAGUCAAGUCGUUGUUUUAUCAGUUAAAAUUCACUACCUACACUCUUCAUUUUGGUGGGUGUGGUGAAUGUAAGAAAUGAAAAAUCAAAGGAAAUGCAAAAGGAUAUUACUUAUUUUGUUUAUGAAAAAUUCUCACAAUUAGAAAACUGAUCAUAGCACAAGAACAUUUUUUUUUAAAGUUAAAUGAAAGGCAUUAAAAAUCGCGCGUGUAGAAUUUAUCUAUUUUCAUUCUAUAAUUUUUUUUUCAUGUUAAAUUGUAAUUAGACGCUGAAAUUCAACUAUUUUCUUUCAUCUAUUUUUUUCCUUCUUCUUCAAUAAUUUUUUAUAAGAUUUUAUUUGUUUUUUAAUUAAAAUUUUUAUUGUCUGUUCAAAUACAAUUUUUUUUCUUGUAUUUCGUAAUCUUUUGUGUUUAAUUUUCGUAUUCUCUUUGGGAGAACUUUAAAAAUUAUUUUUCAAUAAGUAUAUUUUUUGUUGUUAUGUUACAAUAUUUUCUUUUUAAUUUAUUUAAUUUUUGUUUCAUAUGUCGAUGAUUUUCCUUCGAUUUCUUAAUUUCUUAACCAUUUUCUUUUUGAAAAAAAAAAAGAUCUGACACUGUUUCUCUGAAUCGUUCUAUCAAUAUUUACUUUUCUAUCGCUAUAAUAUUUUUUUGGCAACUCUUUAUUUAUUUAUUUUUCUUAAUUUUUGGCAUCAACAUUAAAAUUUAUUUUUGUUCCUAUCAUUUAUUCACUUAGACCUCUGCCUUUCUAUUUAAUCUUGUUUUUCUUUUGCAGUAGUAAGAAUAAGUAAAAUUUCAAAUGAGGUUCAUUCACUUGUUUUAUCCGUCUUGUGGAAUGAUUAGUACUUUAUGUUGCAUAAUUUUUAGUAAAUUUAAUAUUUUUUCUUUACGUUAAAUAAAAUUUUAACAAUAACUGUAAAUAUAUCUGUAGUAGUAUUUCUAUAUAAUAUCAUAUAAUCAAUAUAAUACGAAUCUUAAUUAAUUUUAUUCCCUCUUCCAUCAUCUAAUUUAUUAAUUUAAUAUAUUUUAAUCAAUAAAAGACUUUAUUUUUUCCCAUAUUUCCUUGCAUUUUUUUUUCACUAAUAUGGUAAAAGUUCUUCACAUUCCUAAAUUGGUAAAGGUCUUCCAAUCGCAAUUAUUUAUUUUUUUUUUAGCAAAUUUAAUAAUUAAAAAGACACAUUUUAUUAAUUACCCUUAAUUCUACGUUCUUUUGUGUUAUUUUUUUUUUAAUUUUACAACUUUAGUGUUUAUUUGCAUAAUAAUAUAUAAUUUAGAUAGUUAUAUAUUUCAUUACCUUCAUUUUUCGUAUUUUUUUCUUUUAUCUCAAUUAGGGUUUCUUUUUAUUAUUUUUUUUUUUGGUUUAUCUUUGUCAUAAUUUGUCACCAAAUAUCGUUGUUUCAUUUCCUCAAUUAAAAGAAGAUUCUUUAGAAUCUUACAAAUUUUUUCUUUGUAAUGUAUCUAGAAGUUAAAAGAGGGUAGUACUUUCUUUUAACAUUUUUUUUUACUCAGCAGCUUUAUUAAAAAUUGCAACAAAAAAUCAGAAAUUAUUAAAGACUCUCAAUUAAAUGUUUUAAAUUAUGUAGUUGAGGGCGACGUAAGGCUAAGAUUUAGAAUGAAAAUAAAAAUGAGAAGUUUUGGUUUGUAAUAUUCUUGAGCAUUCUUAAUUACAAUUCUACGUGAAUGUCUCUCAAAGGGUAAGAAUAUACAUAUAUUUCUAAAAAUUAUAUACAGAGAGCUUUUUUUUUUUAGAAUUCCUUACAAUACUUUCAAUUUUUUCUUACAUUUUUUUACAGUAUCUAUUUAAAUGCAAAAAUUUGGUUUAUUAAUUUUCUUUUAAUUUUAUUUUUUUUUAUUUUGUUAUGAAACAAAGAACAUUCUGAGGCGUAAGAUUUUUCGUAUAUCUGAACAAGAUAGGAAAAAGAUUUUAGGAGAAAAAGUAGCAAAGGUGAUUUUUUUCUACUAUAUAGGUAAAUGGUUAUGUUUUCUUUCUUGCAAUUUCUUUCACUUUUCACAUGUUUCAAAGAUGUAUAUAUUUUUUUUUAUUUAUUUAAGAAUAAAAUGUAUUGUCAUGUUAACACCGUGUGGUCCAAAAUGCGUAUUUUUCACAUAAUCCUAUAUGCGUGUAAGUUUCAUUAUUUUUCAAAAUUUUAUCUUAUUCGUAUUUUUUUUUUCUUUUACAAUCUCUUCUCCUCUGAACCACUGAAGACCUCUUCCUAAUUUAUACACUCUGUCAUAUUUUCCCAUGUUUAAAUAAAUUAAUAAUUUGCAAAAUACCAAAACAAAGAUGUCUCAAAAUAAUUAAUUUUAGUUCGAUGACUUUUCUUUUCGUUGCGUUGUGGUAUAGGUUUAUUAUUCGCUACAGUAAUUCUGUAUUCAAUACUAAAAUAUUUUCAAGGUGGUUAUUCAGGCAUAUAUGGCAUAUAUGGUUUAAAAAUCCCUCCUCAUCUUUCAGAGAAGUAAACGAGUUUAAGAAUAGGAAAAACGGACAAGAAUUACCCAUAAAAUGCAAUUUCGUCCCUUUAAAUAUUCUUUUUAUCUUAUUCUUCUUUUUUAAUUCUCUAAAAGACCAAAGCAACACCCAUAUAUGUAUGUAUGCCUAAUAGCGUUCUUUGCAGAGGUAGGUGUAGUCAGGAAUCUAUGCAAGAGGGGCAUUUUGUCUUGUAUUCAAAUAAAACAGAUUUUCAAAAUUUUGGUUAAAAUCCAGAAAAGUAUUGGGCAAGCUAAUAAUUCGGACAAUCAAAUUAAUUAAUUUAUUUUGAUUUCUAAAAAAUGAACCGGGACUUAAAGAAUAUUUAUGGAUACCCUCCCUACCUGGCUACACCACUGCACGUGUGAAAUUAAUUUUGGUUUAUCGUGGAGGAAAAUAUGAAGGAUUUCUUAUAUUUUUUUGCAAUUUAUAUUUAAUUUAUAGAAAACAAAUAAAAAUAAAAAAAAGUAUAUAAAUUGAAAAAUAAAGGAAUUGCUCUACCCAGCCCUUCGCAAACAAAAAAAAAAACAACAAAUAAUAUUAAAUAGGUUAAGAA